AUGACGACCACACAGACACAAACACAGCUUCAAGAGCAGUAUCCUUGUGAGCUCCUAGAACAGCGCUUCUCGAAGUUGAAGCAAUCUAUAGUAAGCGCUGAGCACAAGGACAAGGUGAUCGAGUCCUACCGACGUCUUAAGUUGGCCCUCGAGAAAGAGAUCGACCGAAUCUCCAAACAAGGGCCCCAGGCAAUCCCUGAGGUUGACUUCUCUGUGGUCGAAAGCAGCGGAGAAAUACCGGAGAGCCUUCGAAAUGUCGUUGCUCAGACCGGCUGCCUCAUCAUUCGCGGAGUGGUCUCGGAGGAGCAAGCAACGACCUGGGAAAGCGAUCUUAAAAGCUACACGAAGCGGCACCCAAACAUCGCCGGCUUCCCGAAACAUGACCCUCAGAACUUCAGCCUCUUUUGGACUGCGCCACAGGUUCAGAUCAGGAGUCAUCCGCGAGUUAUGGCGGCGAUGAAUGCCGUCAGCAAAUUGUGGCAUCUAAGCUCGGACGAUGGGCUAUUUGAUAUGUCGAGUCAGGUCAUCUAUGCGGACAGAUUUCGUAUACGACAUCCUUCUAAAGAUGCAGAAUACACUCUUAGUGCUCAUCAAGACAGUGGGUCCAUGGAGCGCUGGGAAGAUCUGUCAUAUCGGUCUUGUUACCAAAAGAUCUUUGAGGGCAAGUGGGAGGAAUACGACCCCUGGAACGCCGACCACAGAUCAAAUGCAAAGACAGACCUGUAUUCAACCGGCAACUCCUGCUCAGCCUUUCGUUCCAUGCAAGGGUGGAUGGGCCUCUCCCACACAUCCACCGGCGAAGGCACCCUACGUCUCGUGCCAGAGCUGAAACUCACAACGGCCUACCAACUCCUCCGCCCCUUCUUCAUCCUAGACGAGACCUUCGACGAUAUCACACCGCUCUUCCCCGGCGCCAAACCUGGCGGCCUCCAGUUCUAUCCCACGCAGAAACUGCACCCCCACCUGCAACUCGAGAAAAGCAUGGUCGGCAUCCCUCCCGUCAAGCCCGGCGACUACGUCUUCUGGCACUGCGAUCUCGUGCACGAGGUCGACAAGUUCCACCCGGGCACGCGUGAUUCGUCCGUUAGCUAUAAUGCCUGUGUGCCGCUGUGCCCCUACAACCUAGAGAAUCUGGUGAGCAUGCGGCAGAGCUUCAUGGAUGUGAUGCCGCCGAAGGAUUUUGAAAAUUACGAGCACGGUGAACUGGAGAGGGAUCAUGAGGAUCACGGCGCAAAGGAGGAGAAUGUGUGGUCGGUUGCUGGGAAGCGAGCGCUGGGGCUCGAGCCGUUUGACGUGGAUGAGCCGGGGUUGAGCAGUGGGCAGAGGAGAAUGCGGGAGUUGGCGAAUGAGAAGCUGGGCUUCAAGGUCUGA